CUGAGAACUCGACUUGUUUUGAUUUAAAUUACGAGGAACUCGGACGUGUGCUUACGCGGAUAAAUUUGCCGUUCGAAGUUGCAUUUUUGUUGCUAGUUUUCAAAAUAGAACAUUUGUUGUGUGUCUUCGACGAUAAACAAAAAUACGUUUUAGAAUAUUUAUGUCACCUUUUACUCUAUGCCAUUUCCAAUAACAACAAAAACGUUUUAAGCAUUUGAAUAUUUAUUUGAAGUUGGAUUUGCCAUUCGCCUGACCAUUAUUUCUUUCCAUACAUUUAAACUGGACUUGACAACAUGUUGAAAUUUAUACGUGGCAAAGGACAACAGCCUACAGCUGAAAGGCAACGCUUACAAAAGGAAUUAUUUUCGUAUAGAAAGACCGCUCAACAUGGAUUUCCACACAAGCCAUCAGCAAUGUCCUAUGACCCCAUAUCGAAAUUAAUGGCCAUUGGUACACAAACUGGAGCUAUCAAAGUAUUUGGACAACCUGGCGUGGAGUUUUAUGGCCAACAUGCACUGGUCAAUAAUUUGGGCUCAGAAUUGAAUGUUCAGCUGAUCGAGUGGGUAUAUGGAACAGGACGCCUCUUGUCGUUGACUGCUGCAAACCAAUUGAUUCUGUGGGAACCAGCCGGUGCUACACUGGUAGCUGUUAAAACCCUACCAUUCGAUGGUAAAUUGAAGAAGGUAUCCUCUUUAUGCUGUUCCUUGGAUAAAGAUGUCGUAUGGAUUGGUACCGAGGGCGGCAAUGUGUAUCAGUUCGAUUUACACACAUUUUCGGUACGCGAGCCCGUUAUUUAUCACGACGUUGUGUUGGAACAAGUGCCUCCCACAUACAAAUUAAAUCCUGGUGCAAUUGAAUCCAUUCGCCAGCUGCCAAAUGACCACAGUAAACUAUUGAUUGCCUAUAACCGAGGUCUCUGUGUUUUAUGGGACUUGGAGACGUCAUCAGUGUUAAAGGCGUACAUUGCCCCUGGCCAUGGUCAGAGUGUUGGACUUUUCGUGAAUUCAACAGGUUCCCAAUUUACCUGGUAUCAUGCUGAUGGCUCAUUUGCUACUUGGAAUAUAGGCAGCGGCGAUCCACCUAAAAAUGUGAAUUAUGUGCCUUAUGGACCUGAUCCAUGUAAAAGUAUUAACCGUUUGUACAAAGGCAAAAGGGGAUCCAGCGAAGUUUCCAUCUUCUCGGGUGGUAUGCCACGUUCGGCAUAUGGUGAUCACCAUUGUGUCUCUGUUCAUGAUUCGGAUGGCAAUAAAAUAUGUUUGGAUUUCACUUCCAAAGUUAUUGACUUUUUUGUAACUUAUGCCGAAGAUUCGCCUGACACCGCCGAAGUACUGAUUGUUUUACUCGAAGAAGAGUUGUGCGCCUAUGAUCUGACCGAUCCAAAGAUUCCACCCAUAAAAGCUCCUUAUUUGCAUUCAGUCCAUACUUCAGCUGUUACCUGCAAUUACUUGGCCUCACAAGUAAGUCAUGAGGUAUAUGCAAAAAUUGUCAAAGCCGGAGAAGAGCAGGAUCAACAUUAUAGUGGCAUUGAAUGGCCUAUAAAGGGAGGCGAAUUGGCAGAGACCGAGGAUGAUGAAGUUGAAGAUAGUGAAAAACAAUACGAAAUUUUGCUAACGGGCCAUGAAGACGGUUCUGUGAAAUUCUGGGAUUGCACAGGGGUUGUAUUGAAACCUAUAUACAACUUUAAGACGGCGCUAUUAUUUGGCCACGAAAAUCAAGAUGAUAUGCCUGCUGCCGAUAAUUCUGAACCAGUUGAUGAAGGUGAUCCUCCAUUCCGUAAGGCUGGUCUUUUCGAUCCAUACUCCGAUGAUCCACGUUUAGCUGUAAAGAAAAUUGCCCUGUGUCCAAAAACGGGUCGCUUGAUUGUCGGCGGUACAGCUGGUCAAAUUGUUAUAGCCCAUUUUGAGGCGGAUGAAUCCAAGAAAGCCCCCUUGAAAGUUAGCUCCAUGAAUUUGGUCAGUGAUCGUGAUGGUUUUGUUUGGAAGGGUCAUGAUCAAUUAAGUGUUCGCGAAAAUUUACUCGAACCUAAUGCUGAACCAGUAGGAGAUGACGGUGUUCAUAUUACGGGUGUUUUGCAAGUGUCACCACCGGCGAGCAUAACCUGCUUAGCCUUGGAAGCUAAUUGGGGUUUGGUAGCAGGCGGAACUGCCCAUGGUUUGGUAUUGUUUGAUUUCAACAAUUUUCUUCCCGUAUUCAACCGAUGCACGUUGAAUCCUAAUGAUCUCACUGGUGCUGGUGAGCAAUUGCCACGUCGCAAAUCUUUUAAGAAAUCGUUGCGUGAAUCAUUCCGGAAAUUGCGUAAAGGCAGAUCUACACGCAACAAUCCUUCAAAUCAAGUACCAACAACUCUGGAAGCUCGUCCCGUAGAACGUCAAGUAGAAGCACGUUCCACAAGUGAUGACGGCAUGGGUUCUAUGGUGCGUUGCCUGCUCUUCGCCAAGACUUAUAUUACAAAUGUAAACAUAACUUCACCUACUUUGUGGUCGGCUACAAAUGCCAGUACAAUUUCGGUAUUCUUGUUACAUUUACCACCGGCACAGACUGCUGCCACAUCGGUUCCACCAACAGGUGUUGACGCCAAUGCUUCGGCACCGCCACCCCAAACACGUCGUGUAUCAGCCCAAAUUGCAAAAGAAAUACAGCUUAAACAUCGCGCCCCUGUUGUAGGAAUAACCGUUUUCGAUGCAUCAGGUUGCCCUGUUGAUCAGUUGGGUGGCGGCAAUGGAACUGCUCCCCAUCGUGUUCUCAUUGCAUCCGAAGAACAAUUCAAAAUAUUUUCACUGCCACAAUUAAAACCCAUCAACAAGUAUAAGUUAACUGCCAACGAAGGGGCUCGAGUUCGACGCAUACAAUUGGCCUCGUUUUCAUGCCGUGUACCUGCCGAACUUUUGCAAGGUGCUCAGUCUGGUAGUUCUCCAACAAAGUCGACACGUUCCCAUGACCAAAACGAGGGUGGAGCCAACACUAGUAUGACUUCGGCAAGCAAUUUGGAAAAUUAUCAUGAAAUGGCUUUGGUUUGUUUGACGAAUUUGGGUGAUUUAAUGGUGUUGUCGGUGCCUGAAUUGAAACGGCAACUGAAUGCUGCCGCUGUAAGAAGGGAAGAUAUUAAUGGAAUUUCUUCACUCUGCUUCACUAACUACGGCGAAGCUUUGUAUAUGAUGUCCUCUUCAGAGUUGCAACGCAUUGCCUUGGCUACAUCUAAGGCAGUUACACCACAAGGUACCAUUUCUGUUGACCAACUGCAAAUUAAUGAGUCUGUGCAAAAUGAUGAUAAGGAAUCUGUAAAGGAAGAUUACGAAGCUAACGCAGCUUCCUCACCGACUCAUGCACCAGCUGCCGCCAAACGUACCGCCGCCGCUACAAGUAUUACAACAACCUCGACUUCCAGCAAAACAGUUGACGUUGAACAUUCCGGCGGAUUAUCGAAUGGCAUUGGUGAAGGCAAUUCGCCCAAUAAGGCCAAUGAAACUAUUAGCAGUUCGAUUGGCGAUAUUACCGUGGAUUCUGUAAGAGAUCAUUUGAAUGCCACUACCACCACAUUGUGUUCCACUACAACGGAGGAGACAGUUGGCCGUCUAUCUGUUAUGAGCACCCAAACCAAUCAGACACUUACAAGUGUCAACAUGAAGGACAUACCCGAUAUAAAUAUACCUAAUUUAAUGGAUUUGGCACCCUUAAGCAAUACCACCGAAACCAGCACCAGUUCUGUCGUAAUUAAAUCUGUCAUAACAAGCAUUUCUCAUGAGAAGACAAAUGGGGAAUCCGAAACGAUAACUACGAAAACAACAACACACGAAGAAAGCCAAUUCUAAAUUAUUAUUUAAACACUGCUGCUUCAUCACGACUAAAAUCAACACCACCACAACAUUGCAAAAUAAAAAAAAAACAAAUAUCUAUAAGAAAAAAAAGUAAUGAGUACACCAUGCAUGUAUUUACACCCUGUAUUUUUAUGUUAUCAUCGUUUUUCUUAGUUGUAAACGUUUUUUCUUUCUUCCUAUUUACUGUCUCCCGUACCAUGUAGUUAUUUUAAGUAUUGCAUUUUCUUUGACUCUCAAAUUGUAAUCAUUCAAACUUUCAUAUCAAUCCUGUUAUUUGGGAUACCCGCCCUCUUCCCCCAAAGGAUAACAAAUUCGCAAGUUAAUAUAAUCGAUUUGAAGAAAUUAGUAUUAAUACUAUCAAACAAAAUACCGUUAUAAAAUUGUUGACCACAGAAUAUCAUUUGACCUUAUAUACAAACAUAUAAAAAUACCAUCGUUUUAGUAUUUAAUUUUAUACUUAACUAUGAAUAAAAACAAAACACUUUUUAUACAAAAGAAA